AUGCAGAUAUGGACAAGCAAAGCCAGCCAUUGCCUCCUCUGCUCAUUUCGUCCCCUGUUUAGGCAGGCGACUCGGGGCUUCAACACGACUUCGGCCCUAGCCCGGUCCAAAUCGAAGCGAAAAGCCCCAAAACUGACUGCCAAGCGAUUCGAUGAAUCGGAUCCGAAGCUGGAAAAUUGGGACCAAUUCGAGCGUCGAAUUGUCCAGGCAUCCAAGCUUGAUGAUCGCGGCAAGGCUCCAAGAUGGGGUUCUCUGCGGCAGCUCAAGUCGUCCCUUCAAGAGGCCUAUCUUCGAGGCGGUAUGAUAGGGCUGAGGAAGGAGUUGCAGUAUCUUUUCCAGGCCGACGAAAUCACGGCAAAGUUUUCCACGCCUCAUAUCCAGGACCAGCAGAAGGUGGCCGAUCUUCGCUACCCGGCAGAAUGGUACCCGCAAGCUCGCUCGAUGCAACGGACCAUCCAUCUGCAUGUCGGGCCCACAAACUCAGGAAAGACCUACCACGCUCUGAAGCGACUGGAACAGUCCAAGAGGGGAUUCUAUGCUGGGCCUCUGCGGUUACUGGCUCAGGAAGUCUAUACUCGCUUCAAUUCGCAGGGGAUACCCUGUGGUCUUGUCACCGGCGACGAAGUUCGGUUUCCCGAUAACGAAUCGCCGCGCAUUAUCAGUAACACGGUCGAGAUGGUGAGUUUAGCCAAGGAAUACGAAGUUGGAGUCAUCGACGAGAUUCAAAUGAUCUCCGACCCAAGACGAGGCUGGGCUUGGACUCGCGCUCUCCUGGGCGCCCGAGCCUCGGAGCUGCACCUUUGCGGUGAGACACGGGCAGUCCCUUUGAUCCGCGAGCUGGUUGCUCUCACCGGCGAUACGUUAGAGAUCCAUCGCUAUGACCGACUCAAUCCGUUGAAGGUCAUGUCGAGAAGCUUGAGGGGCGACCUCCGGAAUCUGCAAAAGGGCGAUUGUCUGGUCUCCUUCUCGAGACUUGGCAUCCACGCAUUGAAGAAUGAGAUCGAGAAGGCGACGGGAAGGCGAGCAGCGAUCGUGUAUGGCAGCCUGCCGGCCGAGAUUCGGACCCAGCAAGCCAAUCUCUUCAACGAUCCGAAUAAUGACUAUGAUUUUCUCGUCGCCAGUGAUGCCAUCGGCAUGGGCCUCAACCUGAAAUGCAAACGAAUUAUUUUUGAAACCCUGGUCAAGAGACUUCCGACUGGUCUUCAGAGGCUGUCUGUUCCCGAGAUCAAACAGAUUGCAGGGCGUGCCGGUCGGUAUCGUGCCGCCAACGAGACUGGAUCGGAUCGAGGAUCAGAUCCAUCCAACAACGUUGGGCUGGUGACAUCUCUUGAAGAAGUCGAUCUGCCCUAUAUCCAACAGGCAAUGAAUUUUGAGCCUCCCCCGCUCAAGGCUGCGGGAAUCUAUCCACCGGAUCCCGUCAUCCAACACUUUUCGAAUUAUUUCCCGUCGAAUGUUCCUUUCCAGUACAUUGUCAAGCGUCUUAUGGCAAUUUCACAAGUCCAUCCCCUUUUCUUCAUGUGCGACCCGACGUCACAACUUGAGGCGGCAGAAAUCAUCGACUCCGUACCCGGCCUGAGUAUCGAGGACCAGCUCGUGUUCAUGGCUGCGCCCAUUUAUGCAAAGGAUCCCAGAACAAAACAGGUCUGUCGCGCCUUCGCCAAGUGUGUCGCCGAACAGAGUGGUGGUCGAUUAUUAGAUAUUCCAGAGCUGAACCUGGAAAUCCUGGAGCAGCCUGUGUCGGGCAAAAAGGAAUACCUGCACGACCUGGAGUGCUUGCACAAAUCGAUUAUCUUAUAUUCUUGGUUGAGCUACCGACUGGGUGGCAUUUUUACAGACCGGACCCUUGCAGGCCACGUCAAGGAACUCGUGGAAGAAAGAAUGGUGCGAGCUCUGACGGAGUUCUCUGCGAAUAGAAAACUCAGGAAGGAUGCUUCACUUCGACGGCAGAUUGCCCUGCAAAGGCAGAUGCAUGAACAGAAACGACUCCUGGCAGAAGCAGGCAUAGAGAAUCCCCAGCAGGAGGAUGGCAUGCAUGACCCUCUUGAUCUCCACAUUGAUGGCACUUCUCUGGAGACAAAUGAGACUUCUCUGGAGGCAACCACGACCACGACCACGACUACAACCGCAACCACAGCCACAAACGAGGCGCAAGCCAGCUAA